AUGCACGCAAUUUCUCCCUGUAAAUCACUUGUCCCUCAGGUUCCCCCCACUCCCCCCCCAUCUUCCCUAGCCCCCCUCAACCACCCCCUUCUCCCCCACUCCCCCCUUGGUCGGGAGGUGGACAGUCCUCCUCUCCGCGUGUGGUCCUUCCUAUUGGGCGGAAGUGACGUGGAGCGCGUACCUGGCGACCCCGCAUUGGCUGACGAGCCCACCGCUGACGUCACUACCAAGGCUCUGUACGACGAGAUCGCGUUCGAGAACCUUCGGGGAGGCGUGUGGACGCAGGGUUUCCCCCUGGAAUACACGGGGCACGAGUGGGACGAGGAGCCGUUGCGAGUGCUGGUGGUGCCACACUCCCACAACGACCCGGGCUGGCUGGAGACGGUGGAGGAGUAUUACAGGUCGAGCACUUGCGGCAUCAUUGACACCAUCGUCAACGCCCUCUCCGAGAAACCGACUCGCAAGUUCAUAUGGGAGGAGAUGUCGUACCUGUCGCGGUGGUGGAUGGACGCGAGUGAGGAGAUGAAGGGCAAGCUCAAGGCGCUGCUGCGGAACGGCCAGCUCGAGAUCGUGGGCGGCGGAUGGGUCAUGAACGAUGAGGCAAACUCUCACUACUUCGCCAUCCUCGAGCAGAUAACGGAGGGCAACACGUGGCUGCACGAUGCAGUGGGGGUGGUGCCCACCAACUCAUGGUCCAUCGACCCAUUCGGCUACAGCGCCACCAUGCCCUACCUGCUGCACCAGUCCGGCUUCCACAACAUGCUCAUUCAGCGCGUGCACUACGAGAUCAAGAAAGUCUUAGCUAAGCGCCGACACUUAGAGUUCUACUGGCGCCAGGCGUGGGAUAAGAGCGGCGGGAAGACGACCCUGGGGCCGGGAGGGGAUGGUGGGGGGGAACAGGGGAGUGGGGAAUCAGGGGUGGGUGAACAGUCAGCAGCAGCAGGCGGGGCAGCAGCAGCAGCCGCAGCAGAGGGUGCAGCAGAAGCAGGAGCAGGAGCAGCGGGGAAGACAGACAUUCUAUGCCACAUGAUGCCAUUCUACUCGUACGACAUCCCACACACGUGCGGGCCAGACCCCUCUGUGUGCUGUCAGUUUGACUUUGCUCGCACGGCUGGUGGCGAGCACUCCUGCCCGUGGGGCAUGCCUGCUGUGGAUAUCACACCUCAGAACGUGGCAGAGAGGGCAGCGACCAUUCUGGACCAGUGGCGCAAGAAAUCCCUUCUCUAUCGCUCCAAGGUCGUCCUGGUCCCUCUGGGGGACGAUUUCCGCUACCCCACCAUGCUGGAGGCGCACGCCCAGUUCACCAACUAUGAAAGCCUCUUUGACUAUUUCAACUCCCGCCCGGACCUUCGAGUCAACGCCAGCUUCGGCACCCUUGGGGACUAUUUCAAUGCUGUCAGAGAGGCUGCUGUUAGGGAGGCUACUCUCCAUAGCAAGGGCGCUGUUAUCGGGGCUACUUCUGUUGACGAGGUUGCUGCUGUUAACGAAGCGUCUCUUAACGAAGCCCAGCAGGACCUUCCGUCCGAGCACCCGGUGUUCACCUCCCACGAACUCUCAUCCGAGCCCACCACCAUCUCCACCCGCCACCUUCUCUCCACACACCCCUCCUCCCACCCCUCCUCUCUCCUCUCCUCGAUCCCCGCCUCUCACCCCUCCGCUCUCGCUGCCCACCUCUACUCCCUCCCCCCCUCGCUCCGCCCGAACCUGCCCUCCCUCUCUGGAGACUUUUUCACAUACGCGGACCGAGAGCAGGAUUACUGGAGCGGGUAUUUCACCUCUCGCCCCUUCUGGAAAGCCGUAGACCGUGUGCUAGAGUCUGCUGUACGAGCAGCAGAUAUCCUCUUUGCUCUGACGUGGUCUCAGCUGCAGGCGAGAGGGGGUGGCGGAGGGGGGGGGCUGAUGACGCGGAUGCUGGGGGGAGCGAGUAAGGAGGGGGGAGAGGUGGGGGAGGUGAUGGAGAGAUUGGCAGAGCAGGCGGAGUGGAUGGGGAAGGGAGCGGGGAAGGGUGGGAGGGGGGUGGGGGGAGGGCAGCGUGGGGAGGACAACUUCCUGCAUCUCCUGUUUCCCCUCAAUUUUGCAGAGAGGCUGGUUCGCGCACGGCGCAACUUGGCGCUGUUCCAACACCACGACGGCAUCACUGGCACGGCGCGGGACCCUGUGGUGAUGGACUAUGGGCUUCGCAUGCACACCGCCCUUAAUGACCUCAAUGACCUCAUGUGUGCGGCGGUGGUGGCGCUGCUAUCAGACUCGCCCACGCAGGACCCUGAGAAGUCCCCCGUUCACCUGCGCCCAGAGCAGCACCGCAACCUGCAGCACAUCCUGCCCGCCCACUUUUCCCCCAUUCUCCCCCCCCUUCCCCUCUUCCCUUCUUCCCCCUUUGACCUCAUGUGUGCGGCGGUGGUGGCGCUGCUGUCAGACUCGCCCACGCAGGACCCUGAGAAGUCCCCCGUCCAGCUGCGCCCAGAGCAGCACCGCACCCAGCAGCACAUCCUGCCCUCCCACCUCCCCCUCUCCUUCCCCUCCUUCCCCUCCUCCACUCCCCUGUCUGUUUUAGCCAGAGAGCCUGCAGGGGUGGGUGGUGGAGGAGAGGGAGGGGGGAGGGAAAAAGUGGGAGCAGCGGGGACGGGGGUUGGAGGAGGAGAAUUGGGAGGGGAGGCAGCAGGGGCUGGAGCAGGGAUGGGAGGAGGGGUUGGGGGAGGUGACAGUGGGGAAGGUGGGACUGGGGGAGGCGUGGAUGUGGGAGGCAGGCGGCGUGUUCUGGAGGUGAAAGUAGGGGAGCAGUCAGGCACGGAGCGGAAGGGGCUAGAGGUGCAGGAGGGGCAGGGAGGGGAGGGUGGCACGGUGCGGCGCGUUGUGGUGUAUAACCCUCUGGAGGAGGAGGUGAAGCAGAUCAUCUCAGUGGUGGUGGAGAUCUCGCUGGUCUCAGUGCUCAGCCCUAAGGGCACGUGCCUUCCCGCCCAGAUCAUGCCAGAGUGGGUCAACCCGCCCCCUUUCACUCCCAAGCCUCUCCAAAACGCCACCUCUACCACCACAGCUAGUAGCGGCACUCUCCCAACUGACACCUCCACUGCUGCUGCCACAGCCACAGCUGGAGCCACUGCUGCUGCUGCUGAGUCUGCUGCCCCUCUGUCUGUCACAACAGGGAGACACAGGUUGUUCUGGGUAGCCACAGUGCCGGCUCUCGGUCUCCAAACCUUCGUGGUCGGCCCGCCCGAAACUUUGCCCAACUGCCCGGCAGCAGAGCUCUCGCGCGUCGAAGUUUCCAACCCGCCCGCGGGAUUCGUUUGCCCGAAGCCGUAUAACUGCACCGUGCACGAUCCAAAGGAGGACGACGCCUUUUCGAUCGGGAACCACGAGCAGCGAGUCAGAUUCUACGCUGCGAGUGGACUCAUGAAGAAUAUCCAGCAUAGGAGAAUCAUCAGGGACACAAUAGUGGACGAGCAAUUCGCAGUGUAUACCGGUCGGAGUGGGGCGUAUCUGUUUCUCCCUGGUGGUGACGCGGUCCCUAUAGUAACUGACGGUGGUGCGUCGUUUAUAUCCCGAGGGGAGGUAGCAGAGGAGGUGCAUACAGUGUUUAGUUUCCUGCCUGUGGAAGCGUGGGACGGGACAGGGCAGAUGCUGGGGGAAUGGGAGCUGCAGCAGCGGCGGCAGUGGCGGCUGCAGAGGCGGAAGCAGCAGCUGCAGCAGCAGCGGCAGAGGCAGCAGCAGCAGCAGCAACAGGGGCUGCAAAGGCAACGGGAUAGGGAGGCACAGGGUGGAGGUGGAGGGGACAAGGGGCUGAGAAUGGACAGGAACGAGAAUACACAAGCACAGGCGGUUGCAAGGAUGCCCGGGGAUGAGCAUUGGCUUGAGGAUUCACACGCGCAGGCGCUGGCACAGGGACAGGCGCAGGUGCAGGCGCAGGUGCAGGCGCAGGCGCAGGUGCAGGCGCAGGCGCAGUUGCAGGGGCAGAUUGGAGGCCGAGGGGAGCAGCAGGAGGUUCGGCCGUUGAGUGAGGUGGAGGCGAUGAGGCAGAGACUAAGACAGCGGGCACAGCCGGGGGAUGUGGUGCUGUGGCAGCAGGAUCAGGAAGGGCAGGGCGGGCAGGGGGGGCAGGGGGGGCUGGGCGGGCAGGGAGGGCACGGAGGGCAAGGAGGGGAGGGAGGGCAAGGAGGGGAGGGAGGGCGAGGGGUGAGUUUGCAGCAGCUGCAGUACCCAGAAGUGGAAGUGGGGCCGUAUUCAGGGAGAAUGCAGCAGCUGAGACAGUUCCAGGUGGCUAGGAGACGGCUGCUGGGGGAGAGUGGUGGUGUGGGAGAGGAUGAGGAGGAGGAUGAAGAAGUUGCUGCUGGUGAUGAUGAAGGAGAGGAGGAAGAGGAGGAAGAGGAGGAAGAGGAGGAUGAAGUUGUUGCUGCUGCUGAUAAUGAGGGAGAGGAGGAGGCUGAGGAGGAGGAGGGUGAGGAAAACGAAGAUGGAGAUCACACCCAGGCAGAUCACAUCCUUGCACCUGAAGAACAUGCUGUGGUUGAGAACCACGCAGGGGGGGUAUCAGAGGCUGCAGCAGAAAUGGUGGGUGGGGAUGGGGAGGCAUUGGUUGGGGGUUUGAGGAGAAAGCUUUUGCAGGUGAGGCGUAAGGGAAGGAAGAAGAGGAAGGGCAGGAAGGGGAGGAAGAGAAGUGUGAGUGGGGCAAGUGGGGAGGAUGGUGGUGUUGCCAGUGGUGAAAUUGGCAGGGCUGAUGAAAUGGCAGGGUUGGGGGGGAGUGGGAGCGGUGCUGCUGCUGAUGUCGAUGGUAGGGGGGCAGCGGUAGGGACGAGGAAGAAGGGACGGAAAGGGAAGCUGAAACGGAGGAAAAGAAGGGGGCAGCACCAGGAAGGGACAACCGAUGCAAGUGGCGCUGUUGGUGCUGCUGGUGAUGCUGGUGGUGGUGAUGGUGGUGGUACUGAAGGUGCGACAGGUGCAGUUUCAGGAGAGAGAUUGGGUGAAGGAGCCCUGAGUGGAGCAGGAACGCUCAGGUUUCAUGGAGGGCUGCCAGUAGUAGGGAUGGGAGAAGGAGGGGUGGGAACAGGAGGGGUGGGAGCAGGAGGGGAGGUUGGUCAUAGGAUCCGGAAGAGAGUACAUGAUGGCAGUGACUUUGACGCUGCUGCUAGAUCGGAAUUGCCUGAGCAGGUCAUUACAGUGCACAGCACAGAUAAUGAUGCUGGUGGUGGUGAUGGUACCGGUACUGGUGUUGGUGGUGCCGGUGCUGAUGCUGGUGAUGUUGGUGGUGGUGGUGUUGAUGCUGAGAGCAAAGGCGGGGCGGAUGGAGGGGCGGACGAGGGGCACGAGGUGGGAGUGGAGGAGGACGAAGGGGAGCAAGAAAGGCCUGACCCAGCGAGUCUAGACGUGACCCGCCGCGACUGGGAGAGCAGCAGCGGCGACGGCGGUGGCGGCAGUGGGGAGCAGGGCAGUCAGGAGGGUGAGGGUGAUCUCGACUUGGACGAGCUCCAGAAGGCAGCAGAGGCUGCAGCCAAGAUGGAUAAGCAAGGGUGGGAGGAGGCGGCGGAUGGGCUGGAGGAGCCGCAGGUCCUGGAGGAGCCAUUGUUGGAGGAGGAGGAACCUCUCAUGCCGGUCGUCCUGGAGGAGCCAUUGCUGGACGAGGAGGACGAGGGGCACGUGAUGCCUGUUGUGCGCUCUGUCAUGCUCUACAAAGUCAGUGCCCCUCAGGGCCUGCUGAUAGAAGCACGCCAUCAUGUGAACAUCUCAUCAACGGCAGUGGACAUCAAGGAACUCGUGGGCCUGCUGAUAGAGACCAAGCACCUAGUCAACAUCUCAUCAACAGCAGUGGACAACAAGGAGCUCGUCGUGCGCUACCGCACGUCCAUCGACUCCUCACACCUCUUCCACACCGACUCCAACGGCUUCCAGACCGUUCGCCGCGAGACGCUCCCCAAGCUGCCCACGCAGGGCAACUUCUACCCCAUGCCCGCCCUCGCGUUUAUUCAAGACCCCUCUGGAAUCCGGUUCUCCGUUCACACGCGCCAGGCUGUGGGCGUGGCCAGCCUUAAGACCGGCUGGUUGGAGAUGAUGUUGGAUCGCUGGCUCUCACAGGACGACAACAGGGGCAUGCAGCAGGGCGUGUUGGACAACCACCCCCCUUACUCUCUCGCGCUCUUACUAAUUCCCUCGUUUCAUCCCCCCCCCCACUCGCCACACCAGACUGGCUGGUUGGAGAUGAUGUUGGAUCGCCGGCUCUCACAGGAUGACAACAGGGGCAUGCAGCAGGGAGUGUUAGACAACCACCCCACACAAACCAUUUUCCAUCUCGUUCUCGAAAGAAACACCUCCGCCCGCCCCUUCCCCUCCGCCUCCUCCUCCGCCGCCCUCCUCCCCUCCCUCACUUCGCAACGAAUUGGCUCGCGCCUCAACUACCCGCCGUAUCUCUUUGUCGGGCAGCCCGAAAGCCCGUCGAAAUUCGUUUCCGGGCAGGAUGUAGAUGCCGGACGAGGGGCUGGCAAGAAGGGGAGUGGCAGUAGCAGCAGCAAGGCAGUGAAACCGGGUGUUUUGGCUGGCACUGUGGAGCCGAAGCCGGGCGGCCUUGGUUGGACGUAUUCUCCACUGGGCCGCCCAUUACCGUGUAACAUGCAUGUGGUCAGCUUCAAGGUGCAUCGGCCCAUGCCCAAUGCCUCGGUGCAUUCCGAGCCGCCUCUAGCCCUGGUGCUGCACCGCAGGGGCUUCGAUCACAGCUUUGGGGGCGCGCAUCGUGAGGCUCCCUGCAAGGUCACCCCCACUGGCCAAGUGCACCUCGCGCGUCUCUUCUCCGGCGCUUAUGUAACAGAGUUCGAGGAGUUCCCACUUAACCUCGUCCGACCCAGCCCAAUAGCAGCAGAUUUGGGGUCGCCUGGUCAGGGUUCGGAGGAUUCAGUGGGAGUGGGAGGGAGAGAGGGGGGGAACAGGACAAGGGGAGGGAUGAGCGCGGCGGGGGCGUUUGCGAAGAGAGCAUGGCAGCAGAGAGUGAGAGGCGGGGUGACGAGCCUCAAGUUGGAAGUGAUGGAGCUGAAGGCUGUCAAGCUGCAGAUGACGAUGAAGGCACGCAGGAAAGGCUCGCUCGCUCUUAUCGCGAGGGUUUCUGCAGUUGGAGUGGGUGUCGCCUACGGCGCGACGAUGCUCACGUACCUGCGGGCAAAGAAGGCUGCAGCUGCAAAGAAGAAUCCUGGCCUCCAUUAA